AUGACAGUGGCCUGCAGCCGCAGCCAGUUCAUCCACUGCCAGAGACCACCCACUCAGACCCAAGCCGGCUCCAAGAGAGGCAAGCGGCCAAGGAUCCAGCGGCGCCGUGCGCGGGCACCAGGCUGGGCCCAUGAGAGACUGAUGGGGAGUGGCCGAGAGGAGGGGCUCCUGCAUCAGCUGAGCCCACUGGACCAAGAUGCAGAUCGCCUGGACGAUGCUGAUCCUGCCAGAUCCCCAGCUGCCCUCCUGGAGGAGCUCCUGCUGCGGGGGGAGAAGCGGCCACACAGCACUGUGCCCGGCACCGGGCAGGGUCCCUUCUACUACAUCGGAGGCACCAACGGGGCCUCAAUAAUCAGCUCCUACUGUGAGAGCAAGGGCUGGCAGCGUACCUGGGACAGCCGCCAGGGGGACUACACGCUGAAGUGGUGUGAGGUCAAGGGCCGCGACAGCUACUGCAGCUUCCGGGAAGUCAUGCUGGCUCAACACCGGCCACCGUCCCCUCUCCCACAUCUGUCUACACGCAUCCCCCGCACCGCUGCACCUGAGCUGCUCCUGUAUUCAUGUGCCCCCAUCCACCCACCCACCAAGCAGGCCGCAGCCGUGUCCACCCACCCCCGGGUCGCCCACGAUGCCAUCUUCCCAUCUAUGUGUCCCGCUGUGCACUCCCAGCACACCUGCUUCCAGCAGCAGCUCCGGCAUCCGUACAUCCAGAACCCGCUGCUGCUGGACGGGAAGAAGUUUGAUGUGCGCUCCUACCUGCUCAUCGCCUGCACCAUGCCCUACAUGGUCUUCUUUGGCCAUGGCUAUGCCCGCCUCACCCUCAGCCUCUAUGACCCCCAUUCCAGUGACCUCAGUAUCCAUUUGACUAACCAGUUCAUGCAGAAGAAGAGUUCCCUGUAUGUGCUGCUCAAGGAGGACACAGUGUGGAGCAUGGACCACCUCAACCGCUACAUCAAUGACAACUUCAGAAAGACCAAGGGCCUCCCCAGAGACUGGGUCUUCACCACCUUCACGAAGCGGAUGCAGCAGAUCAUGGCCCACUGUUUCCUGGCCGUCAAAUCCAAGCUCCAGUGCAAGCUGGGUUACUUCGACCUCAUUGGCUGUGACUUCCUGAUUGAUGAGAACUUCAAGGUGUGGCUGCUGGAGAUGAACUCCAACCCCGCCCUGCACACCAACUGUGCCGUCCUGAAGGAGGUGAUCCCAGGCGUGGUCAGCGAGACCCUGGACCUGGCACUCGAGACCUUCCAGAAGAGCUUGCGAAGCCAGAAGAUGCUGCCGCUGCUGUCUCAGCGCCGCUUCGUGCUCCUGCACAAUGGGGAGGAGGACCCGGGGCCGCGCCCGGGGGCCCUGCGCGGCCUCCCCCACCCACCGCCACCCCGCGCGCGCAGGCCCGCGACACCCCGGGACCCUGGCGGUGCUCACGGCCCGGGCACAGCCGAGGAGGAGCGCGAGGAGCGGAAGGACGCCAGCCGGAGCAGCUCCUAG